CUCGUAAAGCUUUAAAACAGUCCAGGACUUUGUUUGAGAACCAUGAGGCAUUUGUGUAUAGUGAUUGCCUGCCUGCUGGUGUUUCUGCAGCAGGCACAAUCCAGUAGAGACGACAAGACAAGCUGCAAGCCAGUUACAGCCAGCUUUUGUCAAGGUUUGGGAUAUACUUCUACUCCUUACCCAAAAGGGAUUCAAGGGUUCAGCCUGCACCAAACUGGUCAGAUGGUGGAGACCGCUUGCUCACCACACAUUGCCACAGUCAUGUGUCGCGUUGUUGUACCUGAAUGCGGUUCAGAAAAUGAAAGCCAGAAGAAGCCAUGCCGAGCACUCUGUGAGAAGGUCAAGAGAGAUUGUGAAUCCACUCUAAGAGCAAAGUGGUUGUUCUGGCCGAUAAGGCUCCGAUGUGACUCAUUACCGGUGUCCAACUGUGUGCAGGGUGAAAUGAUUCCUGUUACUGAAGCUCCACCAGCAACAUGUCAGGCAAUCACUGUACGUCUCUGCAUUGACCUGCCUUACAGAGAGACCAUCCUGCCAAAUAGUCUAGGUCACAAAACUCAACAUGAGGCAGGCCUUGAGAUGCACCAGUUUGCCCCACUUUUAAAAGUGGAAUGCUCUCCUCACAUGAAGCCUUUCCUCUGCUCAGUCUACACACCUAAAUGUGUGUCAGGAAAACCCCAACCUCCAUGCAGAACCCUUUGUGAGCAGGCUCGGUCUGGAUGUGCUCAACUGAUAAGACAAUCUGGCUUUCCGUGGCCUGAGUCCUUAAAGUGUGAAUCUUUUACUACUGAGUCCUGUGAAGAGACUGGUGACUCAGAAGGAUCACAAUCACAACCAGAUGUUGAGCAUGCUUCACAGCUUUUGGUCACUCGGGCUGGAAUUUCCCAGAACAGAGCCCCUGCUGUCUUUCCUCAACAAGUGCAACCUGGAAAAGAUGAAAGUACAAACUGCAAGCCAGUAACAGCCAGCUUUUGUCAAGGUGUGGGUUACAAAACUACCCUUUAUCCAAGUGGGGUCCAGGGCUUCAACCUGCAGCAGAUUGGCCAGAUUGUGCAGACGGCCUGUUCUCCACAUGUUGAUAUUCUCAUGUGUCGCGUUGCCGUGCCUGAAUGUGGCUCAGGCAAUGAAAGUUGGGUGAAACCAUGCCGGGCUCUCUGUGAAAAGGUCAAGAAGGAUUGUGAAUCCACAUUAAGAGCAAAACGACUCAGCUGGCCAGCAACGCUGCGGUGUGAAAAUCUCCCACAGACUGACUGUGUUCAGGGUCCACCUGCCCCUGUCACACAAGCCCCCUCAGGAACAUGUCAGCCAAUCACGGUUCCCCUUUGCGAAGAUGUUUCCUACACAAACACUGUCCUGCCUAAUAUUCUAGGUCACAAAUCCCAGGAAGAGGCAGGCCUGGUUAUACAUCAGUUUUUCCCACUUAUAAAGGUUGAAUGCUCUCCUCAGCUUAAGCCCUUCUUGUGCUCAGUCUACAUACCUAAAUGUGUGUCAGGAAGACCCCAGCCUCCCUGCAGAACCCUCUGUGAACAGGCCCGAUCAGGCUGUGGAAGACUGAUGAGCAAGUUUGGCUUCCCAUGGCCUGAAGCCUUAAAGUGUGAAUCCUUUACCACAGAGUCCUGUGAAGAGCCUUUACUUAUCAAUGUCCCUGGAACAUGUCAGACCAAGACUGCUCCUUUCUGCAGAGACCUGCCUUAUACGGAAGCGUUUCUGCCCAACGGUCUUGGCCACAAAACGCAGGAGGAGACAAACCUGGCACUAAAUGAAUUUCUGCCACUUGUGGAGCUUGAAUGCUCUGCUCAUUUGAAGCCUUUCCUGUGCUCCGUCCACCUCCCCAAAUGUGUGUCGGGGAAGGGACUGACCCCCUGCAGAACACUCUGUGAGCAGGCUCGAUCCGGCUGUGAGCCGCUGAUGAAUAAGUUUGGCAUAAGAUGGCCUGAAAACCUGAAAUGUGAGGCAUUUACAACAGACUCAUGUGAAGAGUAUGGAGUGAGCAGCAGUGGCAGUAUGUGUGAACCCAUCACCAUACCAAUGUGCCAGGGCCUGUCCUACAACCAGACCAUUGUCCCAAAUCUUCUGGGCCACACAAGUCAACGGGAGGCCGUCAUGAAGAUGUCUUUCUUCAACUCAAUUGUGCAGACUGUGUGCUCGGCAGACAUACAGCUGUUUCUGUGCAGGGUGUAUGCCCCAGAGUGUGUGGAGGACCAGGUGCAGCGCCCCUGCAGGUCAUUCUGUGAAAAGGCCAGAAGGAACUGUGAGGAUUUAAUAAGCAAUUUUGGAGUCUUCUGGCCAAAUGAGCUGCAGUGUGAUGCAUUCCCAGAGGAAAUGUGUAUAUCUGAAGACAACAGGAAAGAGAUGCUGAGAGUUGAAGAUGUUCUAUCUAAACUGAAUGCUGGUGGCUACACUGUCCGUGGCAAAUCUCUUACUAUGAAGACUGCACACCUGCUGUUGGUACUGAUGGAUGCAGAUAAGACAGGAAACCUGGAUGUGGUGGAGUUCUUCAAACUGGAGCACUACGUGGCUGUGAUCAGGAGAGAGUACGUGGAAAACUACGAAGGCAGGACUCAAUCUGCAGUCACAAAGACCCAAAUGAAAAAGGCGAUUGCUUCCCAUGAUUUCAAUUUAGAUGAGGAAACCUUCAGAGCGCUUUGGCUUGAAUACAGCUCUCAUGGUGGAAUUGACUAUGACAGUUAUGUAGCAGCCCUGACAAAACUUAAAAUCCUCAAAGAUCGCUUUCAAGCUCAUCUGCUGAACCUGUCAUGUGACUGCAGGGUUGCAAGCUUCUCGUUCAAGCAGUUCAUGAAAUCAGCCAUAAUCUGAGGAUCAGCGGAACUUCAUAACUGAAAUAAAGCAGAAAAAAUAUUGCGUUGUAGUCCCUGAAGUCUGCUAGAUGUUUAUUAGUGUUUGUAUGACCAGAACUCACAUCUAGGAAAACUGUCAAAUCCACAGGAGCUCAUCAUAUUGAAAAUUAUUGAUUGCUUCAAGCCUGGUACAAUCUUUCAGUAUCUGAAAAGGAAACAUCCUGUUGGCUCUGGGACUAUAAUUCAAGGCAGAAAUCUUCAUAAAUACAGACCAUAUACUCUGAAUUAUGAUUUUAUAUUAAACAUUUUUAAAUGUGCAAAGAAGAUACAUCUGAUUGUAGCAAACUCUGCUAAAGUGUGUGUGUGUGGAACAUUUCUACUUUAAGCUAACCUAUUUAAACAAUUAACAACUAUGCUCUAAAUUGUAUAUGGUUGCAAACUUUGUGGUUAAUUUCUAAUCAAAAAAGAAAACAUUACACAUGUAA